CCUUCUUGGUGUUGAAGACUUCGAAGCUCCGAGCUGCCGGUCGCCGACUACCGUGCCCGUGGAUAUGGAUCGGCUCUCAAAUGCAUUUUCUUUGCUGGAACUGGAUGCAACGGAUGAUAGGGAACACACGACCUCUUUUGCUGCUGAAGCCCAAGGGAAGAAGAAAGAUGACAGCUCAGGGGAUACAACCACUGUUAAUAAUGAUAAAAAUGGUCCACAAAGCUCAGAAGUGCCUUCUGGAGAGUACAAGUUGCCACUUGUGUGGAUUGACCUGGAAAUGACUGGUUUGAACAUUGAAAUUGACAGAAUCUUGGAGAUUGCUUGUGUAAUUACAGACGGUAGUUUGACCAAUUCAAUUGAGGGUCCUCAUUUGGUCAUUCAUCAAGAGAACGACUGCCUGGAUAGAAUGGGAGAAUGGUGUCAACAACAUCAUGCAGCCAGUGGUUUGACUGACAAGGUGCUAAUCAGUACCAUCACCGAAUGCGAAGCUGAAAAGCAGGUUGUUGAAUUUGUCAAAAAAAAUGUGGGCACAUAUACGCCUCUUCUUGCAGGAAAUUCAGUUUAUAUGGACUUUUUGUUUUUGAAGAAAUAUAUGCCGGAAUUGGCUAGUCUUUUCUCUCAUGUACUUGUAGACGUCAGCAGCGUCAAGGCACUAUGUCUCCGUUGGUAUCCAAGAGAUAACAAGAAGGCUCCUCAAAAAGAAAACAAGCACAGAGCUAUGGAUGACAUCAAAGAAAGUAUAGCAGAACUUAAGUACUACAAGGAAAACAUAUUCAAGGCAUCCAAGUCUAGGAAGUGAUGAGGGCAAGAUAGCAGCUUGUGGCUCCAGUGGUUUCUUUUUGAAUACAAGCAAUUGCAGCGGUGUUACAUGUCACGACUCUUGGCGUGGUCUGAACGUAAAGUGGAUGGUGUGUUAGUUCAUGCAGAAUAGUAAACACGAUUUCAUUUGAAUGUAAAGUGGAUGGUGGAUUAGUUCAUGCUGUGUACCUUUGGUAAUCGAUGCCUGGUGUGUGUGGUUAAUCAAACAUCGGUAGCAAAUAGAAUAUAAGCUCUGCUAGACAUUCUUGGGUAUCGUUUACUCGAAAACGAGCUGGAGAAACCAACAAACCAACAUGUAAGAAUUGAAGAAAUCAACAGACCUUUUUAUUUUU